UUCUCUAUCCAAGUGAGGAAAGGGUAUCAGGAGCGGGGUCGCGAAUUGGCCUACAACCGGAGUUCUAUUAACCAAUUCUCUAUCUGAGUGAGAAAAGGGUUUCAGAAGCGGAGUCACGAAUCGGCAACCGGAGUCCUCUAUAUCAAUAGAAGGAGCGGGGCUGGAAGAAUCUCAGAAACAGAAAGCUGAGUAAUAAUACACCAACAAAAAAUUUCAAGACGAGAUCAUCAGGAUAAAACCAGAAAUGGAAGCAACAUUGGGAACUGGAGGCGGAGGUAGCAUCUGGAGUGAUGGAUCCACAAACCUGGCCAACGUCAUCAGAGGACUCCCCAAGUUCGAUGGAACGAAACCAGAGGACUUCAACGACUGGAUGAAGAAAUUGGGUGUAGUCGUCGGUGUUACUCGGAGGGACAUCAUGCCACUUCUCAAGGGAAUGCGCAGGCCUGAUCCCUCGGACACCACCUUCGCCGCAUACGAGAGAGCAAACGAAGACCUNGCGUUACUCGAAGGGGCAUCAUGCCACUUGUUUGGGGUGCUCGACAGAGUAUACUGUCUACGGGGCCUCCGGGGGUUUGAUAUGUCUGGAACGGAGGAGGACGCAACUCUGAGCGCGAGGUUGGAUGAGGCGCUACGAGCUAUAGAGGAGGCCAAGGCUGAGACGAAGGAGGCCAAAGCUGAGACGGAGGAGCUUAGGGCAGCACAGCGGCGGUCUGCGGGUGCACCUGCCGGCAGCAGCUCAGGAGGCGACGGUCUAGUUGCUCCUGGAGGGGCUUCAUCUGCACCGGUGAGGCCAAUGUGGCCAGGCGGGGCAUCGGUGUUGACCUAUCGGUUCGUUGACCUCGCUGUACUUGCUGCCGGCAGGUUGAUCCCACGGCCAGCAGAGCUGCUCGAGCGUUUUGACUUGGUCAACAACCUGUAUGGCGGGCUUAUUGACAAGAAAACGAAGCAGCCACUGUUUCGAGCGGAAGCACUGGAGGCUAUCAAGCGUCUUCGAGUACACAUCAUGAACGAUUGCUGUAGUGACUCCCCGAACGAGGCGCUGUACUUCGAGGCGGGGAAGGAUGCUGAGACUCUCUGUCCGUUGUUUCGCUGCAUUAGAGGUACCAACGACCUAGAGGGGUACCACCUGCACAUGCGCUUGCUGGUCGCGUGGUGUAUUUCUCCCAGGCUUGCCCAUCUUCUUCUCCUCGAGUACAACUACAGGUGGAACUUACGCCAGAGUAUGAAGAACCGUGGUCUCGACGAGGCUGUGGGGGGGUUCUACGACCAACCAAUGCUUGAGGCCAUCCAGAGGAUGACUUCCAAGCUGUACGGCAAGGCGAAGUACUCCCAAUGGCUGCCGACGAGCGCAUACGGCGACACAGGGGAGCGCAGUGGGUUCGUGCGGAGCAUUUUCCCAUCAAACGUGGUCGGAGGAGGGACGGACUCGGUGUUGGAGAUACUGGGUGGGGCGGAGAACAGCGGCAUUGACCCCGCCUUUGCGGACGAGGCGGUUCCGCUCCCAGAGCUUACGGGAUCGGCAGCCAGGCUAGCAAAAAUGCAAGGAGUGCAGGUACCGCAUAUGCCGGUAACCAGUGCCGCUGAAAAAGCAAAGUUCGGCGACAUGUGGUUGGAGUUUGUCGAUCCGGCUGGGAGGCAGACUUUGCUCGACUUCGACAGCUUUGCAUUGGAAUGGAACAAGGCCGUGUCGCUCAUGGAGGAGGGCAAGAGCGCAGUGAUUCCCAUAUUCCGCAAGACGGCCGGACACCUCAAGGCGUACUGGAAAGCGUGA